AUGGAAUCUCUCCUUGAGUUGAUGUCUAAAGGUGCUUAUGAGUAUCAAGAGACGAGCGGGGGGUUACCACAGAAAAUUGCUGGGGUUCUUCAAGUAGAUGAUGUUGCAGCUAUUCGGGCUAAUAUAACAACUCUUAUUAAUGUGAUGUUGAGGGUGUUUCCUCAAGCUCAGCAGCAGAACCAUAGUGUCGGAAAUAGUGGGAACGAUUAUGGAAAUAAUUACAAUCCUCCAUUCGGGAAGCAGGACUUCCACAAGCUGAAAAAUUAUCAGCAACCCCAGGGUCAGCCAGCUAGUAAUUUGGAAGAGAUGAUGAAGCAGCUUAUAGCUCAAACACAAGUAACGCAACAACAAAAUCAGAAAAUUCAAAGUGAGAUGCAGAAAUCUAUUCAUGAGCUUGAGCGUCAAAUGGGGCAGAUGGCUAUGAAGCAGAAUGCCAGACCACAGGGUGCUUUUCCUAGUGAUACUGAGAAGAAUCCCAAGGAGUUCAAGGUAGUCACCUUGAGGAAUGGCAGAGAACUUGAAGAAGUGCCUCCGAAAAAGAAGAAUAUAGCAGAAGCAGAACUUAUCCAUGCUAAGCCAGCUAAGCCAGAGCAGACAGUACAAAUCAACAUUCCUUUGGUGGAGCUUUUGCAAGAAGUUCCAAAAUAUGCUAAGUAUAUCAAAGAUGUGGUUGUGAACAAAAGACGUUGGACAGAGUUUGAGAUUGUUGCACUUACUGAGGAGUGUAGUUCUAGAGUGAGGAGUAAAAUUCCUCCAAAGUUGAAAGACCCGUGUAGCUUCAUGAUUUCGAUUACUAUUAGCAACAUUGAAGUUGGGCUAGCAUUGUGUGACUUGGGUGCUAGUAUUAAUUUGAUGCCUACUUCUGUGUUUCGAACGUUGGGCUUAGGUGAGCCUAGGCCAAUGAUUAUUACUUUGCAGCUAGCUGAUCGAUCUCUUGCUUAUCCUGAUAGUAUUAUUGAGGAUGUUCUUGUGAAGGUAGGGCUAUUUAUUCUGCCGGUUGAUUUUGUUAUACUUGAUUAUGAGGCAGAUAAGAGUGUUCCUCUCAUCAUAGGAAGAGUAUUCUUGGCUACUGUUGACGCUGUGAUCCGAGUUAGAGAUGGGAAGAUGUCCAUGGUAGUUGAUGGACAAGAGGCAAUUUUUGAUGUGUUUAAAGCUACCAAGCUUCCAGCUCAUUAUGAAGAUUUGAAGAUGAUUAUAGUUGUGGAGCCUGAGCUCACUAAUGCAGAGUUAGAUCACUUUCUAGAUUCGCGAGAUCCUUUGGAGACAGCUUUGGUGUAUGGGGAAGAUUUGAUGGUUGAUGCAGAAGUCGAGGAGUGUCUUAGCAUCCUUGACACGUCGUGUGCUUAUUUGUGA